AUGGAGCAGGAGUGCCUAGCUCUUGUUGCUGCCUGUGUUCAAACGUCUCAGUUGCUCAUACAACAAUGGAUGCUCAACAGACGUGCCGUGAUUUUUGCCAUAGCCAGAAUCCUGCAGCGCAGGCGCUUCCGGCGGUCAGCUGCAGUGCUCUGGCGUAUCCUCUCUGCCAGUGUGCGACGUAAGAGAGCCCUGCUGCGCCUUCACCGAAAUGCUAUUGUCUCUGUGGUCACCAUGGUAUACUCCUCUUCUCCUGCCCUGCACUAUGAGCAUGAGCUGAUGGCCUUGUCAGAGAGGUCACAUUGGAUGCUUCCAAGAUGCAGUGAAUGGUGGGAGCGGAUGAUUUCUUCAGAGCAGGAUGACAGGUGCUGGAUUUCUUUGUUCCGAAUGUCACGCUCUACACUGAUGUAUAUCGCGGAGGAGUUGCGCCCUGCCUUGCAGCGUCGAGACACUGGCAUGCGGUCACAUAUACCUGUUGAGAAAAGGGUUGCCAUGACCAUCUGGAAGUUAGCUCACCAUGACAGUUACAAGACUGUCUCAGAACUCUUUGGGGUGGGAAUUUCAUCUGCUUGCUCAAUAUUUGAAGAGGUCUGUGAGGAAAUAAACAGCAGGCUGCUGACUCAGACAAUUCAGCUGGGAGACCCAGAACAAAUCAUGGAAGGCUUCAAGGAGUUGGGCUUCCCCAACUGUCUGGGUGCAAUUGAUGCCAUACACAUCUCUAUUCUUUGCCCGCCAUUCUCAGCAGACUCCUACAUUAAUUGUAAAGGCUUCUAUUCAAUGGUAUUGCAGGCCCUGGUGGACAGCAAAUCCCGCUUCACUGAUAUCUACGUUGGCUUUCCUGAGCGGUCUCAUGAUUCCCGCAUCCUGCACAACUCUCCCUUCUUCAAUAGUAUGGAUGAAGGCACUUUUGGGCCACAAACUCCAUCAGUGCUGGAGGGGGUUUCAAUGACCCCAGUCAUAAUUGGGGAUCAUGCAUAUCCACUUCGCCCCUGGUUAAUGAAGCCAUACCCAACGCCAAAAACUGAGGCUCAAGAGACAUUCAAUGAGAGACUGGCUAAGUGCCGAACCUGUGUAGAGAGAGCUUUUGCAGUCCUGAGAGCUCGCUGGAGAUGUUUGCAGAUGAGGCUGGAUGUCAGGGAGAAGCUCAUCCCAGUAGUCAUAGCUACAUGCUGUAUCCUACACAAUAUCUGUGAGAUCAAAGGCGAUGAGCUGUUGGAGCCGCUAGAAAGCCCUAUUGCUACUGAAAACCAGAAUGCUUCUGCUAGGCCAAGGGUACCAUUGUCAGAAGCUGGACUGACCAAAAGAGCUUGUCAGAUCAGGGCAGUUUAUUGCUCCUAUUUUGAAAAGAAUCCUUUGUAA